AACUUCUUCCGCACUAAACAGUUAUGCUGAUGCCGGCAAUGAGUAAUAGGCGGCGUCUAUUCGUAUUGUUUGUAGGCAAAUGAGAUUUUGUAACUCGAGCAAUCGGCGAUCUGUCUGGCCCGGCUUAUCAGUUAGCACCCCCAAAGUGAUUUCCAUUGGGCGGCCGCAUUGCAUCAUCUGCCAUGUGUACUGAGGGCAAUUGUAGCGCCGAUCGUGACCGGGCAAAAUGAAUUGUGCACACACUUUCACUCUCACUUGGAGGAAUACUUGGGCCAGCCGGCUGCGCCAUUCAAUCGCAAUUCAGCCAAAGAUGUUGUCACCGCUGCUGCUGCUCCAGCUGCUGCUGCUGCUGAUCCCUGUCCACGGCUAUUAUCAUGAGUACCUUUACUGGGAGCUGAACGAACCGCCGCCCAUCUGCUCCGAGUACGAGAUGCUGAUUGUGAAUACGCGCCAAUGUGUGCGUCGCUGCAAUAUUGUCUGCCAGCGUGGUGUUUGCUUUGAGGAUGGGCCAUGUCCUUGCGCCGACCAGUACCAGAGCGCCUACAAGGAUGGUGUGGCCUGUGCCGCCAAGUGCCUGCCCGGCUGCCAGGAGGCCGGUGGUCACUGUGCCGGCCCAGAGCUGUGCAUUUGCCGCAAAAGCAAACACUACUACUACGAUCCGGUGGCGCGACGCUGUCGCCGACGCUUACCCCGACUGCUGGAGCUGUGCGGCAGGCGCUGCAUCCAUGGCCGCUGCUCGUACGAUGGCCGCUGCAUCUGUGCGCAGGGUUACGAAAUGCGCAGCACGCUGCUGCAUGGCGCCCAGUGCAUGCCCAUCUGUGAUCACGAUUGCGGUCCUAGAGCUUAUUGCUAUGCGCCCAACAUGUGCGCCUGUCGGCACAAGCACUAUCACUACGCCUUCAACGGGAUAUGCAUCAAGGAUUACUGAACUAGGUUUUAGCGAAUAUACUAGGGCAGUUCUAGGCUCUUCUUAGCACGAAUUUGAAUUAAGUUGAUGUAGUUAAGCAGUUUCUCAAAUGUAAAGUAUCUCUUAUUCGUUUUAUGCGCAUAUCAGUUAAAGCUCUGUUAAAACGCAAAUGCCACACAUUUACUCUACAGCGCAAUAACAGACAGAGAGUGGGUAAUUGAGAGAGAGAGAGAGAGAGAGAGAGAAUGAGAGCAAGCACGCUUUUCCGUUUUGGCGGCUGUGUAAUAAAAUAUUUAAAGGCGAAUUCGUUAUUGUUUAUAAAUGUUGUUGUUUAUAAAUGUUGUUUACAGUUGCCAAA